CACAGCCUCUCCGGAUCACGGGACCAGCCGCUGCUAGAGAUCGCAGCACACACAGCCCAGCGACGGAGAGGAGGAGAGGAGCCAGGGACGAGCGGCUGCCCUCCGUACGCUGGCCCGACCCCGCUGAGCCAUUCUCACUCGCACGCUCUUUCCUGAGGAGGCAGGGCGGCAGCACCAGAGAAAACACAUACAUAUAAAGAUAUAUCUAUAACACGACUAUACAUAUAUCAAUAUAAAGUAUGCCUGUUUUCCUAAAUCACGGCACCUGGGGGUGACCACAGAGCUGUACAGGCCAGGACAAGAGAUAGCUGGACAGUGUGGCACACAGCUCGGAUUAUAGGGGAGACAUAACAUUUACAAAGAACACAUCAACCUGUAAAUAGAAAUUUGGGAUGCAUUGUGCCUCUUUCUCACUGCUUGCCAAGUGUUUGGUGGGACAGGGGUUGCCGCAGAUACGAUGCAUUAUCCAUAUCGUCAAGGUCACAGAUGGGUUCUAAAAGUGCCAUGGAAACAGCUUGGUUGUCUUAGAGCCCAGUAAUAUGGUUACAGCCAUCAUGUGUUACAAGCGUUGUCGAGGAUACGGACAGCCGCAUUGUGAAUGAAGUGGACUGAUCCUUUGGGAGGGAGGUACCAUGCUGGAGUCCAAGCCCCUGACUGGGUGACUGGAUCUACUGGAUAUUUAUCAAGAGGCCUCAGGGAACAUCAUCUUGUUGCCUCUGUGCUGAGGUGGGCAGGUCUGUGCCAGAUCAGUCCAGUACAGAGCCUGCUACCACAGGCUGUUCUUCACCCCUUGGGGCUGUUCAGGAACCCCUGAGCACUACAGGGUGAGAAUGACAUUCCGCUCACUCUGUGCCCUUUUCACUCUCGCCCUGUGCAUGGCGACCCCUUCCUACACCCAGACCACCGUCGCCACAGACAUACAGGUGGCCAAUCGGACGGUCGUCCCGUCCGGCUCCCCCGAGCUCAAGCUCACGCCGGCGGGUGAGGAUGACAGCAUUCCCAUUGGAGGCAGCCGCUGCUGGGGCUACUACGACGUGAUGGGCCAGUGGGACCCGGCGUUCAACUGCAAUGCCGGCAUUUACCUCUUCUGCUGCGGCUCCUGCUACUACCGCUUUUGCUGCCAGUUCCGCAUCCACAGCCUGGACCAGACAUCCUGCUCUAACUACGACACACCCGUCUGGGCCAACACAGGACGGCCCUCUGCCCCCGUCACCGAGGUGCAGGAGCAGGCGGACCGCGACCGCACACACAUGAUCGUCUACAUCAUCUGUGGAGUGGUGGCCAUCAUGGUCCUGAUAGGAAUCUUUACCAAACUGGGUGUGGAGAGGAGCCGAGGACGGCAGACUGAUAUGAGAAACUCCAGGAUGCUGACUGAUCUACUGAAGCAGCCCGGAGAGGUGGGGGGUAUGGACAGAGGUGGAGGGCACCACCCAAUCGGGUCCAAUGGAAUCUCUGGCCGAUCGAUGCGGACCAACAAUGAUCAGAAUCAUCUGAGUAAUGCAGCUCUUCCAUCUCUGACUCCUGCUAUGACUCUUUCCCACCCCCACAAUAACCUCUCCAUGGCCUACAAGUACUCCGCUCUCAAACCCAUAGUUGAUACAACUGCCAGAGACUACUACAAGAGUUAUCCUGUAGUGGACUACAUACACCGCCAGCCUUCUCCUGCCACCUUCCAACCCAUCGCUUUCCACCCAAAAGACAAGCCCUUCCUCCCACCACCAGACAUCCACGCCCCGCUUGCGAUCACCAUCACACCCACUCACCUCCCCAAGCCCAAUAUCUCAAAGACCAACACCCACCCCCUCACCUCCAGUUCAGCCUUCAGAGCCUGGGACCCUGUUAAGAGCCCUGCCCUCCACCAUGUACCCCUUAUUGGCCAGCCGCAGCUGCCACUCUCCCACCCCAGCAGCCGACACCAGGCCUAUUCUUACAAGCAUCAGUUCAGCAUAGAGACAUUGCCAGAGAUGUUCCCUCAGCCCAUUGGGUACAGACAGUCCCCCCACCUCCUACCCAAACACAAGCUGCCGACAAACAGCAAGACAGAGGUGACUGUGUGAAAGCAGGCCUAGCAUGAUGAAGAGAAGAGAAGAGAAGAGAAGAGAAGAGAAGAGAAGAGAAGAGAAGAGAAGAGAAGAGAAGAGAAGAGAAGAGAAGAGAAGAGAAGAGAAGAGAAGAGAAGAGAAGAGACUGUCAAGGCUAAUUGGAAGGUUUAUGAUUAGAAACAUAGUAGCUUGAAAAUGGGUUUAAUAAGAUGCUGUGGUGGUAACAGCUGACUGGGUCAACCAAAACAUUUUCUGAACAAAAGGAAAGUAUUUUGGUGAGUGGUCAGUGUCUCACAGAACUUUAGGAUCUCUGGGUCAUAUUUUUAAUCUACCUUCCAUUAAGUCUCUCAGCCCUCCAUUGUCCAUGAUUCUGCGAAAUACUGUGAGGGAGCUGGACCUUCUCAGGAGCCCUGUGUCCCACAAGACCUUACACCCUUGUGCUGUCAGCUCCCAUCCAACCUCCAGCUUACACAGGGGAGACAUCACUACAGGAGGUGAGAAGAGAGGAGCAUGAGGCGAGGGAGAGCAAGCAGAGUUGUGAAGGUUAAUGACAGAGCUGGUUUAAAGUGGGUUGGAGACAGUGUCAUUUAUUAACUGAAUUGGAGACAGAGGUGGUAUAAACUGGGAUGGAAAUAGGGUUGAUUAUUUUCUGUUUUGGGGAUAAAGUAGUUUAUUAAUUGAAUUGGAGACAGAGCUGGUGUAAAGUGGAUUGGCAUCAGGGUUCCUUGUUUCCUGGUUUGUGGACAGUGUCAUUUAUUAUAUGAAUUGGAGACAUGGUUGGUCUAAACAGGGUUGAGGACCACAUUGACAGGAGGCAUGGUUUGUGGUUCUCAAGAGUCUGAAUAGGAAUAGAAGUCAAAAUGGCAACAGGAAGACACCAGGUGUUAAUUGGCUUGCGAACAUUUGUGUCAGGCUUGGGUACAGAUGUGGAAGAGUUACAGUUUUAAGUGACAGCAGAAGUGGGACAGAAACAAGUUUUACUGCUGCCAGUCAGUCAACACUGCUCCUGCAUGUAGUCAUGACAGCUCCUCUCCAGUUGUUACUAUUUGCACCAUCACCCGGUACAGGCGAUAAAGUUUACAGGUAUAGGCAAUGUUAUGAAACUUGGACACGCAGAAAUCACCAGGGACAACAGUGGCCUGAGAAGAUGGGAGUGCCAUAGCAACAGACAAGCGACUGUCUAGGUAGCUGGGUAGGAGUUCAGAAAAGUCAGUUUCUGCUGUAGAUACAAAAAAUUGUUAUGUUUCAGAAGUGCGACCUGCAUCAGAACCACAGGAUGCUUAUGCUCAUAAAAGUAGCUGGACUGCAUUGCUAUUUUGAUGCAUGUACACCCUUGAUGAUACCACUAUUUUGGGCUAGAUGUUCUGAGAAAACAACACAGACAUGGGCACUAUUUUGUAGACUUUUUUAAGUGCCAAAACAACACUGGGUGACAUAUAUAACAGAAACAAAUAACCCACCAAGGAUGUAUGCUAAGCUAGUAUCUGUGAGGACAUAGGAGAUGCUAAACCAUGCUACUCCAAGCAGAGAUGCGUGUUAUGAUGUGCUAGUCCAGGCAGAGAUGCCUGUUAUGCUGUGCUAGUCCAGGCAGAGAUGCAUGUUAUGCUGUGCUAGUACAGGCAGAGACAUGCACUGUGCUGUGCUAUCAUGGAAUAAGAGGCAGGGAUGGGUGCUGUGCAGCACAAAGCGAUCCCAGGCAGGGGAAAAUGACUGAUGACUGCUGUUGGAUCUCAGCUCGCCUAUGCUGCUCCAAUCUGUUUGCUGGCCUGCUUCUGGCAGCUGGGAUGGCACACACUGCACUGCAGGGGGCGCUGUAAUUAACGACGGCCCCUUUGUGAUGUGACAGAGCUAAAGUCCCCAGCUCCUCAUCCAGAGCCGGACAUACAUACACUUUCUACAGCUGAUACUGCCGCUGGCCAAUUGCAAAAAUUCUGCCUUUUGACUACAGAAAUAAGACAAUUUGACCUUAACAAAUUUUGCCCAGAUAGAAUUUAAUAGUAGCAGAGAGCAAAGUAUCGUAUGACUGAAUUGUAAUUUUUACAGGAUCAUGAAUGUGGAAAAAGAAAAUUUGAAGGGAUUUCCUGAUCUGCACUACUUCCAAAUGCUUCAGAACCCAGGAUGAGAUGGAAUUACAGGAAUCAGAAAAAUAAUGCCACACUCAUGCAAAAUGUCACACUCUGCAAAGUGUCACCACUGGAAUAAGUGCACUUUACACUAGUGCUAAACUAUAGCAGCAACAAAAACAGUCUCUCCCUCUCACCCUUUCGCUCUCUCUACUUCCAGCAGGGUGCAUUUUGAAAAAGAGAAAAAGAGUUCGUUUCUACUUAGUGACAAACUGUCAGGACAGGCCUGUAUAAAAUGCAGUUGUUGAGGUUUCAACGAACAGUUUUAAACAAAAUUUCCCACACAGUCUCAUGGGGUGGUGCUGAGUACAGCGAUGCGAUUUAAUUAUCUGGCCCUGCUACCAUCCAUGGGUCUGUCUCCAUGGAGAUUGGUCUGGAGUAUCUCUUGGCCCCGGGUGAACCCACAGGACUCAGUCACCAGCCAGCCUGAUACACAGAUGUUAUCAGCCACUGUCUCUACAUGUAGCCAAUUGCAUACGACAAAGCCUGGGAGAAAGAGAACACAGCCACAUUACAGACUGCAAAGGCAACAGUGUUAUCCUCCAGAUGUUCACUGACUUUCUCCUAUAGAGCAGGGAGUUCUGUGAUGAUGAGACCCCUCUUCAUAACUAGAGCACCAGCGGACUCCUGUAGGGUAUCUGAAGGGCAGCUGGAGGGCACCUGGAGGGCACGAGAAGGUGCCAAAAUCUGCCAGAAUCCUGGGCAGUGUGGGAGAUGUGUUCUGGCUUUCAACAUAAGGACAAGCAUAAGAGUACUCCUCCAGACACUCCAUAGCCUAAGAAAACCUUGGACACCUUGGAUUCAUUUAUCAUCUGUCCUGGACUUGCAGGAGCAGGACCAACAUGUAAAAACACAAGGUUAGAGUACAUAGGAUAGAAUACAGUAUGGUAGAGUAUGGCAGUCUGCAGUAGAGUACAGUUGGGUAGAUAACAGUAAGAUAGAGUAGAAUAAAGCAGAAUACAGUAUCAUAGGAUAAAGUAGAAUACCAUAGUGUGCAGUAGAGUAGGGUAGAGUAGAAUACUGGAGGGUACAGUAGAAUAGAGUAGGGUAGAGUACAGCAAAUAAACCUCUUUGAUGCUGUCUCCAGAAGGUGUAAAUAUCAAAUGAGCUCAGUGACUGUUGUAUUGAAAGAGUUCUGUUAUCCUAUUGAAUGCAGCCAGUAGUUCCAUACUCCAACUGAACGCAGCCAUGAGUUCCAUACUCCAACUGAACAUGACCAGGAGUCCAAUACUCUAAACACAGCUUGUGUUUUGUCGCUAGCAAUACAGUGUAUACAGUUCUACCUGUUAUGUUUUGUACAGAACUUAAAAAUACUGAAUGUUGAGUUGAACUUGUAGCAUUUGACAAGCACGUCGAAGUGCUUCCAGAGUUUCAGUACACUUUUGACAUGGCCCUUUCACAGUUUAAAGAUGUCUUUGUUGCCAUGUUUGAAACUUGUUCUAUGUAUAGUAAAUAAUGUUUAAUAUAAUCUCCUUUAACAAUGCAUUAAUGUUUUGGUGAAAGAUUACUUGCUAAUCAAAUGAUUUUGGACAGUGUAUAAAAAAUAAUCAAACUUAAAACUUUCCAUUUGUUGGUAGUGUAACAUGCUGGCCUGAGUUGCCGAAGUGCAUGGAGCAGGACAAACAGACUCUCUCGACAUGGACGAACAUUUAAUUACAUAAAACAUAACGGCACUUACAUAUAACGCAAGCAAUAAAUGUGAAUACUUAACGAUUAACACUGAACAGAACAAUGAACAUGACUACCUUUAACAAUGACGAAAAGUACAAGUUGACAAUGACGACUCUAACAUUUACAUCAACACCCUACAUCAACAAUGACCAACACCCUGCACACAAGAACACAGGUUUGUAUACAUAAAGACAAGACAAGUUGCAGGUGUGUAUAGGCGUGGCCACAAACAAAUAUCCUCCCACUUCACAUGGCGGGCCAAACCUUGUGACUCGCGGGAGGCAAGCAUUCUGUGACAGGUGGUUUAAUUGCUGUGUAUUCAUAUAACCAUGUAAGCUGUACCUUUUGUCAGUGAUUACAUUUGAAUUUGUGUUAAUAUAAGGGCUUAUUAAUAAGGAAAACCGCUUUUAUGUGUAAGAUGCACAAAAACGUUGAACUAAUUCCAGAUUCUCCAACACGAAACAACGCAGUUUGAGAGUCCAAGGAUGACAAUUUCCAGCACCUGGCUAAAAUAAAGGCAACAGAAUGGCAUGUAGGUUAUGGGCUGAGAAACUGAGGAGGAUGUGUGUGACAAGACCCAUGCAGCCACUCUGAGCAAUCAAAUGAUCCUUAUUUUCCUUCAACACUGGUAGGGUUAAUUGACUGUAUGGUUAGAGAAACUGUUCCAUAGGUGAAGUGCUUCAGGUGUGACUAAAGGAACACAGCCUGGUAUGCUGGAAUAUGCUGGGGUACACUGGAAUAUGCUUCUGUGGGUUGUUCUAGGCUACCGCAUGUCAAAGCCUAACAGAAGGUAAUAGCUUGUAUGUUGACCUUCAGCAAUAAUAAAAAAAAUGUCUACAAUUAAAUCUAUAUCUGUUGGGCAGAGGAGUAAAUGGUUUUCAUCUUCACAUUGCUUUGGCCAGAGAGAUUCCAGAAGAAGGACCUUAGCCUUUGGAGAUGUUUGACUGCUAUUAAGAUCAGUGGCUUUGGCUUUGUUUCUUAAUAUUACCAUAAGUUGAUAAAGAGAAACUAAUAAUAAGAAUAAUAAUAAUAAAAGGCCUGGAAAGGCCACCUCCUCCAUUGGUUCUGAGGUGCUUUUGAAUAUAAUGCUUGGACGGCAGCAGCAUUAUGUAAAACAGGAGAAGCCACAAAAUAAUUGGGGAAACCAGCACUCAGAGGAAGCCUCUAGUCAGCUGCUAUAAACAGGUCAUAGCUAAUGAAGAGCCAUGCAUGACCCAGGCUCAAUUCUUACAGGAGAACUAAUUAGGCAUGCACUUGUUUUUAAUGAUCCCAUUGGCAGGAAUUUUGAUUUUGUUGUUGGUUUCAUCUACUGUUAAUUGUAAAUUUUAAUUAUCUCAUAUUUAUGCACAAAUAAUGGUUUAGAGCAAAAAGAUACUGUAAAUAUAUGUCAUGUGAAAAAUAUUUUUUUGUGUAUAAAAUGUGAACCUACAUCAGCAUGUACAUGUAUGCACACACACAAACACACACACACUACAUAUAUUCCUUGGUAGUGGCCGUGGGUGCAGAGUGCACUUUGCUCUGAGCAGCCUAGCUCUGCUGCUCUGCCAGGGGCUUGCAGUCACAGUGAAGACACACCAGCAAAGAAGCUGUUCUUUAUGUAGCAAUGACAACUAGUACAAAGAAGCAGUCCAUUUGACUGUGGAAGCCCACUGAGUAUUCUAGAACCAGGUGAUUGUGCAGUGGCUGGCUUGACUGCUAAUAAGAAUCCUCAUUGAGAUUACACUGCUGAGUGGACCAACUGUCCAAAUGCAGACCUUUAUGGUGCCCAGUGCAGACCCAGCUCCAUAGACCUGCAGUGCCAUCCACCACCACCGCUGCUCACAGGUCUACAGUAGCAGGUCUCUGCUACUCUAAGCUUAUUCUGAAGUCUUUCUCCAUCACACCUGGUUGGCCACCUUAUCUGGGAAAAGGCAUUUAGAAGGUAGGAGUCCACUUUCUGAACCAUUCUCCUCUCCUGCGACCUCUGCAUUCCUCAUUCUCUCCAUCCAUCCUGCUUUGGUGGAGAGAGAGAGUGAAGGCUGGUAUAGAGAGAGAGAGAGAGAGAGAGAAAGAGAGAGAGAGAGAGAGAGAGAGAGAAGGCUUGUGGGGAGAAAGACUGAAGACUGGUGGAGAGAGAGAGAAUGAAGUCCCAGAUGGCACUGAUGUCUGAGUUCAUUUGAAGCCCAAGCGUGAGUGAGAGCCAAUCCAUCUUAACAUCCUUCCCAUACGCUCAGUCUGCUUGGAGCUGAAUUAAAUUCACCUCAGCUAACUUUUCACUCUCCCCAUCUCUCUCUCCUUCUUCUGCAGUUUCUUUAUGAACCUCCUCAUUCAAUAUUUCAGUAAAUUCUCUUUAAUCUUUCACUGAAGAAUUUUCCAGCUGUGGUCAAUCUAUAGGCUCAGUGUGUUACGGUAAGGGUUUUCCAGCACUUACUAAAGUGUACCACUGAGCAACUUAAAACAUUUCUAUGACAUACUUCAGACAGGAACAAGGAUGUACAGGUGUUAUGGACCAUUGCAGCAGCACAUGUAUAAUGUUUGGCUUCCCAGGAUCAAACCCAUGCGAACAGAAAGAAACAAAAAAAUCAGCCCAGAGGACUGGUGAGCAUUCCAUAGUUGUAUUUCAAGCAAUUUCAGUAUGAAACCAAUGUCAUGUUGUCCUGGGAAUCCUUCAUGAAUCAUGCUGUGUUCCUCAGACAUCAGCCAACCUCUAAAACUCUAUAUGACCAUAUGAACCAUUGUGGAAUGGAGAACAGCAAACUUGCUCUGGUUCAAAUGGUCCGAACUGAGUUGUAACUGCAUCUCUGGACAUGUAACAGUACUUAAUAUUAACAUUCCUAUUAGUUAUGAUGUUGACGAUAAAGGUUUUUAGAAUGCUACUUACAGAAACCUGUAUGUUUUUUUAGCAUCUGUUUAUAGACAAUCCUUACUAAAUGGUCUUUGUAUAAACUUACUACAAAAAUUAAAAUGAAGAGCAAAAUA